AUGCCUCCGAGAGGAUUCACCCUCCCUCCCGCCAGUACACAGUCGGCGAAACAAGCGCGGAGUGCGUUCUUCUGCUCGCUAUGUCAAAAAGGGUACAGUCGCAUGAACGAAUUCGAGGCCCAUGAAUCCUCCUACGAUCACCAACAUAAGAAGAGGUUGAAGGAGAUGAAGGAAAUGCAGCGCCAAGUGCAACCCAAGAAGGAAGAGAAAGGACCACUGAUGCAGAUAAAACUUGGAGGGGCCACAAAGAGCGCAGCAGCCGGGAGUGGAGGGUUCAAGAAAGGAGGAUUCAAGAAUGCGUUUGCGCCUGCGGUUGAGGAACCAAAACCAGAGCUCGAGAAAAGACACGAGACGGAACCUCCCGUGGCUGAGAAGCGUGAUGUCGAUAUGGAUGACAGUGAUCUGACUGAAGAUGAGGAUUACUACGAUCCUCGAAAGCCGACAGGGUGCAUGCCUGGGUGCAAAAGUCAUGGUUCUGCUGGCUCUUGA